UUUCCAGAGCGUAUUUGUUCGCGCUGGUUUGGGUUAGGUACACACGCUGAGGUACAACGAAGUUAAUUACAGGAGCAUUCAAGAUGAAGGGCUUUCAGCUGACUAUAUUCGUUUUCUUUGCUGUUCUCGCAACUGUGUCUGGCCUCAAGUGCUAUUCCUGCAUGGGCACGGAUAAAACUUGCUCAAAGGAGAAACUGCAAGAGGACAACAGCAAACAAACGAUCUGUCACCUUGGAAUGGAUAAAUGCAUGAGGACCUGGGUCAAAAAAGACAGUGACACACUGGUAGUUAACUCCUGCGGCAAUGACGCAGAAUGUAAAGAAUUGAAGGAAAAAUGCGACGAUGCCAAAGAUGGAGAGUGUGCCGUGGGCUGCUGUGAUAGCGACCUGUGUAACGCGGGCUCGUCUGUUUCCUUCAGCGUGUUCUUGAUGACCGUCUGCUCUGCUCUGGGCCUGGCACUACUGAAGUGAAACAAAGAACGACAAACCCCGGGCGAAGUUUUGAUGUCACUGUAACUCAUGUUGCAAUUUAGGAGGAACUAUAGCUAACUGUGUUUUUUGAAUUUCGUGUCUAUGUUUAGCAUUUCCAUAUUCAUUAGUUGCCUGUAGUGUAGCCACUUGAAACUUGACUUCACUGAAUAAUCCGAUGAUGGUCAAUUGAUAAGCAUGUAUUACGAAGAUGUUAAUUCAGUAAGGUUUUCGAUAUUAAAAGUGUUUGAACGCAA